UCACUGUGAUACUAACGGAAGCAGAGGAGGUUUACACAAUGGGGCAGGACUCUAACGGGUGCUGCGGGCACGGCAGGAAGGGGCGGGGAAGAAAUUUUCCCAGCCGAAAUUAGUGGAGGCUUUAAGAGGCGUGCCAUGUCAGCAGGUGGCCACAGGGAGGAGCCAUAACCUUGGUUCUAGCUACGGAUGGCACAGUGUAUGCGUUCGGAGCAGGCGGCAAUGGCCGGCUGGGGAUAGGGGAUACGGACGACAGAUGCCGGCCAACGGUUGUGGAGGGUCUGCGGCCAGAAGUGCUAGCUGCCGUGCUGGACGGUGCCGUGCUGGACGGAGCCAUGCUGGGACGGAGCCAUGGGCGGCAGGGGAGAUGAUACCAUGGGUGGGAGCAGCGACCGUAUGGGCCGGCAGGAGCGACUGACAUGGGCGGCAGUGGCGAUGAGUAUGCUCAAUACCGCAUAGUGAGUGUAGCAGCUGGCGCCAGCCACUCUCUCGCCGUCACGGCAGGCGGAGUGGUGCUGGCUUUUGGCCGCGCGGGCAUAGUGGGCAGCUGGGGCGUGCGUGUGGCUAGGCGUGCUGGCGGUGCUACAACCGCAGCAGCAGCAGCAGCAGCAGCAGCAGCAGCAGCAGCUGACCUCUCUGAUUGUCUGGUGCCGCAGCCUGUGGCGUGGUUUCUUGACUCGGGCGUGCAUGUGCUCAAGGUGGCGGCUUCUGUGGACUACUCUGCUGCUGUCGACUGCCUGGGGCGGGUGUUCAUGUGGGGUUCAGGCUACUGCGGGUGUUUGGGCAAUGCCAGCGAGGCCAAUGAGGUGCUGCCACGCGUUGGGAGGGGCUCCUGCAUACUCGAAUAGUGCAGGUGACUCUGGGAAAGCGCAAGACUCUGGCGUUGGACGACCAGGGCCGGGUGUUUGCCUUCGGGUGGACAGCCUUUGGAGGGCUCGGAGUGGCAACCGGGCGCGACAAGGUGUUUGCUCCCAUGGCGGUCGAAGCUCUGGAGGGCAAGAGGGUGGUGCAGAUAAGCACGGGGGCGUAUCACACCAUCGCUUUGUGCCGUGACGGCACCUGCAUUGGCUUUGGAGACAACGAGCAGGGGCAGCUGGAGCUGCACUGAAGCACCAACCGUGGGCUCCUUGCAUUUGUGGCGCCUCAGGAGCAUUGCCUUCUGCCGUGGCGGCACCUGCAUUGGCUUUGGAGACAACGAGCAGGGGCAGCUGGAGCUGCAUCGGGCCUGCGCUGAAAGGCUGAUGCGCUGAAAGUCUGAUGCGCUGAAAGGCUGAUGCGCUGAAAGGCUGAUGCGCUGAAAGGCUGAUGCGCUGAGAGGCUGAUGCGCUGAGAGGCUGAUGCGCUGAGAGGCUGAUGCGCUGAGAGGCUGAUGCGCUGAAAGGCUGAUGCGCUGAAAGGCUGAUGCGCUGAAAGGCUGAUGCGCUGAGAGGCUGAUGCGCUGAAAGGCUGAUGCGCUGAAAGGCUGAUGCGCUGAGAGGCUGAUGCGCUGAGAGGCUGAUGCGCUGAAAGGCUGAUGCGCUGAAAGGCUGAUGCGCUGAAAGGCUGAUGCGCUGAAAGGCUGAUGCGCUGAAAGGCUGAUGCGCUGAAAGGCUGAUGCGCUGAAAGGCUGAUGCGCUGAAAGGCUGAUGCGCUGAAAGGCUGAUGCACUGACAACGAGCAAAGGCAGCAUUGCCCCGCUGCUCGUUGGCGGCACCUGCAUUGGCUGCAGUGGCAACGAGCAGCGGCAGCUGGAGCUGCAGUGAAAGUGCUAUGCUGUGCUGCGCCGUUGGGUGCAUAGGUGACUUUUGAGUCGACUUACAGUAGAAUUCACCAGGCGCAACUAGAGCUGCAAUACACUAUGCACUCAUCGUGCUGUGCAGCAGCAUGACUGAAUGCACAGCACCUGUACUCUGCAUUGCACUCGGCGACAACCGAUUGGGCCAGCUGGAGCAAGCUGCAUUGCUUUUGUACAGAAGUUGAGUGCUUCAGUGCUGAAAGGAAAUGGUAUUUCCUUAUCACGGGUUUUAGUCAGUAACGGGUACACAUCAGGCCUCUGGAUAGGAUUAAAAGUACUCUUUCUUGUAAGGGUACUCGCUUGCUGCCACUUUUUCUGUAAGGGUAUAUUUUAAAGCUACUUUGUAAUAUAAGGGUCCUAAAUAU